CUCCGGCGCUUCUAGGCGGCGCAUGCGCAACACCGCCUCCCGUCCUUCUCCGGCGGGAACUGACCAGCUGGUGGGCGGCCCGUUCGGUGGUCUCGUACCGGCGCUGAGGGAGAAGCGGUGGCAGGAGUCCGUGUCGCUGGGAGUCCCGCUGCCGCCUGCGGGGUUUGCUGUCUGCCCCUCGGCCAUGAAUGCGGAGAACUUCGGCUCUAGCGAGCGGCUGGUGACGGCGGCCUACGUGCGCCAGGGGGCGCAGGGCCGCCGCGCGCACGAGCUGCGCCUGCGGGCGCUGCUGGAGCAGGGAAAAUGUCCUGAAGAUGGAUGGGAUGAAAGCACCAUUGAACUGUUUCUUCAUGAACUUGCUAUAAUGGAUAGCAAUAACUUUCUGGGCAACUGUGGUGUGGGUGAGAGGGAAGGAAGAGUGGCGUCAGGACUCGUUGCCCGAAGGCAUUACAGGUUGAUCCAUGGAAUUGGAAGGUCAGGUGAUAUUUCUGCAGUCCAGCCUAAAGCUGCAGGGUCUAGCCUUUUGAACAAACUUACUAAUUCAGUAGUUCUGGAUAUUAUAAAGCUGGCUGGUGUCCGGACAGUGACCAAUUGCUUUGUGGUUCCUAUGGCAACUGGCAUGAGUCUAACUCUGUGUUUUUUAACACUGCGGCACAAGAGACCAAAGGCAAAAUACAUUAUCUGGCCACGUAUAGACCAGAAGUCCUGUUUUAAAUCAAUGAUAACUGCAGGUUUUGAGCCUGUGGUGAUAGAAAAUGUAUUAGAAGGCGAUGAGCUACGGACGGAUGUUGAAGCAGUGGAGGCUAAAAUCAAGACUCUGGGUGCUGAAAAUAUUCUUUGUGUGCAUUCUACAACGUCUUGCUUUGCUCCCAGGGUACCUGAUAGACUGGAGGAACUGGCUGUGGUUUGUGCUAAUUAUGACAUUCCCCAUAUUGUCAACAAUGCAUAUGGAGUUCAGUCUUCAAAAUGUAUGCAUCUUAUCCAGCAGGGUGCUCGAGUAGGCAGAAUAGAUGCUUUUGUUCAGAGCUUGGACAAAAAUUUUAUGGUUCCAGUAGGUGGUGCUGUCAUUGCUGGCUUCAAUGAGUCCUUCAUUCAGGAGAUCAGCAAAAUGUAUCCAGGAAGAGCAUCUGCGUCUCCUUCUUUAGAUGUCCUCAUUACACUUCUGUCUCUAGGUGCUAGUGGUUACAAACAGUUACUGAAAGAGAGAAAGGAGAUGUUUUCCUAUCUUUCAAGUGAGCUGAAGAAGCUGGCAGAUAACCACAAUGAGAGACUGUUAGACACACCACAUAAUCCCAUUUCUUUAGCCAUGUCACUGAAGAAUCUAGAUGAAAAUAAUGAUGCUGCUGUUACCCAGCUUGGAUCUAUGCUUUUCACAAGACAAGUUUCUGGAGCAAGGGUUGUUCCCUGUGGGACUGUACAAACAGUGAAUAACUACACUUUUAAAGGCUUUAUGUCACAUGCAAAUGACUAUCCCUGUGCUUACCUCAAUGCUGCCUCAGCAAUUGGAAUUAAAAAGCAAGAUGUAGAUGUAUUCCUAAAAAGACUCGACAAGUGUUUGAAGACUUCUAGAAAAGAAGCAAAGCAAGAAAAAAAUGUAAAUGAAAUAAAUAAUUCUAAUACAGGCACAGAACAACUUGAAGACUAGAAGAUACAGGUUUAAUAACACAGGAAGAUGCGCUUUUGUUUGAAGUAUGUCAGGUUUGUAUUGGGUUAGCAUUGUGAAUCUGCAGUGGAGAAAAUUUAUUCCUCAUCUGAAAGCAACAACAAAAAAAACCCCACCUUGGGUGAAAUUCAGUUUUAAAGAAAGUCGGUAAUAUUCUUUCCAAGACAGAAGCCAGACACAAGUUUUGUGUAGCACAAAUAUGCGCUUCAUCUCUGCCAAAGUUAAAGCUUUACAUUCAUGAAGAACUUGAGCUGGCCUUUCAGUCUGUGGGUGACUAUUUGGACUGGUGUUCAGCAAGUCACAGAAUGCUUAUUCACGUAUUCUUGAUUAACAAGAUUUUCUGUGGCAGUGAUUGAAUUCCUUCCUAGGUAUAGACCAUCCAGCAAGAAAUGUUUCACUGCUCUCAAAAUGUCUCAUUUCUCAUCAGCCACUUUUAGUUUCUUUUUGAAGAUUUAUAUAAGUUUUGGGAUAGCCCUUACUAAAUACAAUGUUAAAAAUGCCUGAGAAAACGGUAGAGUUGCAAUAGCAGUGUUUUCGGGCGUUCUCAUCUCUCAAGAACUGCCUAGAACAAAGCAGUCCUCACUGGCAAAGAAGAACCUAGAAUACCUCAUAUCCUGUCAGUACUUGGCUCUUGGAAACAUUUGCAUAGUUAAGCAACCCAAAGAAAUUUUAAUAAUGAAAGCAAGGGGUUGUGGAGAGGUACAGUCUUUUUUUUUUUUUCUUUUCUUUUUUCCAUUUUGUCUUUUCUUUGGUAGGGUGAUGAGGCCAGAGACCCACUGAAAAGGAGGAAUGCCUUGUGGGAUUAAUGCAGCAGUUUGAAGAGCCAGUGAGACCUUGAGAGUAUUUUGGCUUUUUUAGUCCAUUGUUGUUAAAAUUUAUAGACUUCCAUUUCCGAAGUGUCUCUUGCCAUUGGCACUGUUGCUUCUGUGGCUGUGUGCAGUUGCUGAUUUGAAUUCAUUAAGCAAACAAUAGAUUCAGAGUCUGUUCCUGAAACAAAGGUUCCAUAUCACCAGAGUGACAGUGCUGUAGGUUGCAGAACUUUUAGUUAAUUAUUCUUAAAUGCAGUUACUACAUUGUAUGUAGUUUUUAUGUCAUUUACUGUUCAAAGUGAGCUUAACGUUAAAAAGGCAUUUUCUUUGUCUGUCUGUAAUGUAGUCAUACUUGGGACACCACAGUUAAUGAGUUCUAAAUGUCAGGAAAUAUUCUAGCCACUUUGUUUGGUGGGAUCUGAGACAUGUAUCCUUCAGAGCCCCCUGCAAAUUGCUUAAUCAAAAUAGUGGUGCUUUUGAAAGGAUUGUCUAUCCAGCCUGUUCAAAUGAAUUGAUACAAGAGGUGAUGUUAAUACGCACAAGUUAAUAGUAUGCUAAUCAUCAUGAAGGUGCUCUCACUUAGUGAGAUCUAUUGUAUCUUAAGCUUAAAUUGGACUGCUGCUUCUCCGUUGUUAUUGCUACAGUUAGAAGUUAAAUUGAUUAAAGCUUGGGAAGGUAUGGCUCCCUAGACUACUGUCACAGUUGUUACUUGCUGUACAAACACACCCUAGGAGAAAUGUAAUAUGACUUUACUACUGAGUCCUUGUGGCUAUAAGGAGAAGUAAAUUUUUCUUCUUUUGCUCUUUUUUUUUUACCUUUUUUUUUUUUAUUGAGAGCAUGCUAUACCUCAGUUUUUCCAGUCAGUAAAGCUCUUCCACAAGCUUGGAAGCCAAAACAGCAGCUCACUGCCUCAGUAUUCAGUAUACUGGAGCAGCCAGUGAAAACCACAAGGCCUUAGUGAUACCUUCUUGAUUUUCAAUAUUGCUGUUCUGUGCCUGAAUGAGUAUCAAUUAUUAAUUUAGAUGACUAGUCACAUAAUGCGAACAUUAGAACUAUUGUUACAAGAGUUUAGGGAGGUGUAUGGUGGCAGCUAAAAUAAGUAUUUGAUGAAUAAAUAAUAUCCUGAAACUGAAUAAAGAAAACAACAGUUGCCUCCUCUGAGAGGAAGAAACCUCUACCUUUUAUGUUCUCAUAAUAAAUUGUCUGCUGCAAAUAAUUCAUUCACUUCUACUAUAGAUUGAACUGCUUUCUCAGGUAGUGUUUUUCCUGUCUUCAAAAUGUUUCCCAUUUGAAAUCAAAGCUGAAAAUUUCAACACAUCUCUAUAAACAAGUAUCCAGGGAAAGAAUUAAGUGGUUUAUUCUGAUUUUGACCUUUUAAACCUAUUUUUAUUUAAAAAAAACCCAAAACCCCAAGAUGAUGGCUUUAGGAAAAAAAAAAAAAAAAAGAUUUUUAAUUCAUGUGUCAUUGUCACUGAAAUCCGGGAAUAAACCUCGUAACACCAAUGUAGUGUUAAAAGGCAGGCAUUCUUUAUUGCAGCGCUGGAUGCACGGGGGAUAGCUCCACCCAACGUGCAUGCCAGGUGAUCACCAACACACAGGUUAUGUAGGAUCAAAACAUACAUAUUCAUCGUUUUUCUCAGAAAGGGCAGUCCUAUGAUAAUCAUUUCUUAGAAUCCAUUUCCAUAUUCUCCUCCCCGUCACACACGCUCAGUGAUUUGAGUCGGUGGUCCUCAAGGGUCUCUGGUGGUCGUCAGUGGUCUCGCACCCGUAUCCACUGCGUGACCCUCUUCUUGCAGGCAUGCACAGUAUCUUUGUUGUAGGUGCACCUGUCCAUAGCAACUUACUUCAUAAGAUUAGUAUCUCCAAACCUAUUGUUUGGUUUGGUAGGGACUGUACAUGGAACACAGCAGCACUGUACCUUGCCAUGGUCAGUCAGCUUCAUUACCUGUUACCUUGGUUACAAACUAAUUAUCUCAACCUGAUUCUAUAGUUUCUGUUUCACGGCCCCUAUCCCACGGUUACAUCAUUACAUCUCUUCGCAAUCUUAGUGAUGCCACCUGAAGUCAGAAAAUGUAAAAUAUUUUGAGAAAUGUGUCCCAUCAUGUGUAUAAACUCUUGAACUAAAUAUUUGUGUUAUUUUGGUACGCUGGUGUAUUGGUUUUCAGUUUUGUUUGCUUACUUUGUCCCCUUAAAUGUCUUCACUUAAUAUUACAUUUUUAGAGAUGGAAGCAUUAUAUAAUGUCAUUAUAAAUAUAAUGAAAUUUUAAGUAAUUCGAAUGGCAAUAUACUUUCAAGUAAAUGAAGAAUAAUUGGUUAUUUAGGAGAUCCAGGAGAUAAAAAGUAUUUUUCAAGGAAGAGUAUAAAUCGCCUAUUCUCUUUUCACUAAUAUCUAUAAUAAAGUAGUGCAAUAAUA